AUGAAUCGGUGCCUUGACGACCGACAUGGCACUUGGCAACCAAACCCCGCCAGGGUGUUCGGCCGCAGCUCCGGGUGGCUGAUCUUUUGGACUUUUGUCUGUGGCACAACUUGCACGGGCGGUGUGCUGACUGGCCGUUGUCGGGGCGCACGCAACCGUGCUCGUCGGCCCCGCCCUGAUGGCCGAGCGGAGGAGCCGUGGGCCUGCAGGCUCUUCUGCUUUCGCCUAGUGACCAAAUUAGCAAUUCCAAUUAACCCACAAUGGCGAGGGCAGAUGGGCAGUUGCCGGCCGACUCGAUUGGUCGUCAAUCCGCUUCUGAUACAGCCUGUGGAGAAGGGUGGAGAAGUGCAGGCUUCGGCGUACAAGUCGGCUGGACACAAAGUACACAUGACUUUCGCCACUAAAGCUACCGCAUGA